AUGUUGUCCAGCCUGAACGAGUGGCUAUGGCAGGAAAAGUUUUGGCUGCCACCCAACGCCUCGUGGGCAGACCUGGAGGAUAGAAAUGGCGUGGUCUAUCCCCACCCUCGGGACCUGCUGGCUGCCGUGCCCCUGGCGUUGGUCCUGCUGGCCUUGCGCAUGGCCUUCGAAAAGUUUGUGGGACUGCCCCUGAGCCGGUGGCUGGGUGUGCAGGACCGAAUUCGCAGGCCGGCGACACCCAACUCCACGCUGGAGAAAUACUUCCUCACAAAACAGCGGAGACCUAAGGAGCCCGAGCUGGCCCUCCUGGCCACCCAGUGUGGCCUCACCUUGCGACAGACCCAAUGCUGGUUCCGGCGCCGGUUGAACCAGGAUCGACCCCACCUGAGCAAGAAGUUCUGUGAAGCCAGCUGGCGGUUCUUGUUCUAUCUGUGCACCGUUGUGGGUGGUCUCUCGGUGCUAUACAAUGAGCCAUGGUUGUGGAAGCCCGCAAUGUGCUGGGACAGUUAUCCAAAUCAGCCUCUGAACAUGCGUCUGUACUGGUGGUACCUUCUGGAGUUGAGUUUCUACCUCUCACUGCUGAUAAGGCUGCGCAUGGACAUCAGGCGUAAAGACUUCAAGGAGCAGGUGACCCACCACUUCGUGACUAUCUUCCUGGUCAUCUUCUCCUACAGCGCCAACCUGCUGCGCAUCGGCUCCCUAGUGUUGCUGCUGCACGACACUGCUGACCCCCUGCUAGAGGCCUGUAAAAUGUUUAACUAUUUGCGCUGGCGGCGCUCAUGCGACCUGUCCUUCCUCAUCUUCUCCUGCGUCUUCCUCUACACACGCCUCGUGCUCUUCCCCACGCAGAUCCUGUACACCACGUACUACGAGUCCAUCAUCCAAUGGGCACCCUUCUUCGGCUACUACUUCUUCAACGGCCUCCUGGUGCUCCUGCAGCUUCUACAUGUGUUCUGGUCAUGCCUAAUCCUGCGCAUGAUCUUCCACUUAAUGCGCCAGGGCCAGAUGGAGAAGGAUAUCCGCAGUGACGUGGAGGAGUCGGACUUAAGUGAGGAAGACACCACCCAGGAGCGUCCCCAGCUGAGGAACGGGACAGCCCCCGCAGGUGGCCCUCGGAGCCGGCUGACUGGGCGACUGGCCAACGGGCACACGGCAGCCAUGUAG